AUGAGCCGCAGAAGCAGAUUUUUAGACGAAUUUAUCUAUAAAUAUCUCUAUAUUGUGGUUCUUCUUCUUCCAUCUCAACUCAAUAAUAAUUCUCUGCAAAUUGCUUCUCUUUUUGCUCUUUUUCUUCUGGCUUCCUCUUCAAUGGCUUCCGCUGCCAUUCUCCAGCAUUCUUUCACUGUGCAAGACAUGACCGUCCGCCGGCUCUGCCGUGACCAAGUUAUAACGGCCGUCAACGGAAUCCCGGGUCCAACCAUUCACGCUCAAGACGGCGACGUUCUGGUCGUCCACGUCUUCAACAAGUCCCCUUACGAUUUAACCAUCCACUGGCAUGGGGUUUUCCAGCUGCUCAGCGCGUGGGCCGACGGGCCGGAGAACGUAACGCAAUGUCCGAUACGGUCCGGCGAAAACUACACGUACAGAUUCAAGAUCACCGGACAAGAGGGGACUCUGUGGUGGCACGCGCACUCGUCUUGGCUACGCGCCACCGUCCACGGCGCCCUCCUCAUCGCCCCCAAGUCCGGCCGACCGUUGCCCUUCCCGAAACCUUACAGGCAGAUUCCGAUCUUGCUCGGAGAGUGGUGGAACGCCAACGUCGUUGAGGUUGAAGAGGGAGGUCUCGCUACCGGCGCCGGUCCGAAUAACUCCGACGCCUACACCAUUAAUGCCCUCCCCGGAAAUCUCUACCCUUGCUCGCAAAAUCAAACCUAUCAACUGAAGAUGGUGCCCAAAAAGACAUACUUGCUUCAAGUAAUCAACGCUGCACUCAACAACCAACUGUUCUUCAAGUUGGCCAAUCACAAAAUGACAGUUGUCGCCGUCGACGCCAUGUACACCGACCCUUACGUCACCGACGUCAUCGUUCUCGCCCCCGGCCAGACCACCGACGUCCUCGUCAAAGCCGACCAGCCCAUCGGCUCCUACUACAUGGCCGCCAGCCCCUACUCCGAUCUCCGCCCGCCGAUCCCAUUCCCAAACUCCAUCACACGCGCCGUCGUCAUCUACGACGGCGCCUCGCCGUCCGCCACUCCCCGGAUGCCGGUCUUACCGGCGUUCAACGACACGCCGACGGCGCACAGAUUCUUCACCAACAUAACCGCCCUCGCGGGGGCCCGCCACUGGGUCCCAGUGCGCCACGUGGACGAGCACAUGUUCGUCACGUUCGGUGUGAACCUGGCCCCGUGCGAAGAGCCGAACCGGCCUUGCGGCGGUCCGAACGGGCAGCGGCUCUCUGCGAGUAUGAACAACGUGUCGUUCGUGAUCCCAAACGACGCCGGAUUGUCGAUGUUGGAGGCGUUUUUCCACCGGGUGGAGGGCGUUUAUACGGCGGAUUUUCCCGAUCGGCCGCCGGUUGAAUUCGAUUACACGAAUCCGAAUAUUUCUGUGGAGAGUCCGUUGAUCUUCGCGCCGAAGGCCACGAAGGUGAAGAAAUUGAAGUUCAAUUCGACGGUGGAGAUGGUUCUGCAGAACACUGCAUUUAUUGCGAUGGGGAAUCACCCAUUGCAUCUCCAUCGAUUUAACUUCCAUGUUCUGGCUCAGGGAUUCGGAAAUUACGACCCGAUUAACGACCCGAAGAAGUUCAAUUUCUAUAACCCGCAGAUCCGGAACACCGUCGCCGUCCCCGUCGGCGGUUGGGCUGUCAUCCGGUUCCAAGCCAACAAUCCAGGUGUAUGGCUGAUGCACUGCCACCUGGAUGUCCACCUACCGUGGGGAUUAGCCAUGGGGUUUGAAGUCGAGAACGGACCAGCUCCGUCGUCAAGGCUGCCUCCGCCGCCGCACGAUCUUCCCAAAUGCUAG